AUGAGGCUUUUCUUCGAAAAGGUUUGGCGUAUGGAGAGUGAGCAACACCGCAGCUAUCAGCCCCUCUGGGUGAAGCCACGACCUGGGCCCUUUACCGAACGUAUCCUCAAUUAUCACCAGGAGAAGGACAUUAAGCCACUCCAUAUCGCCUUCUACACUGAUAUGGAGGAUCCUCUCACCCAUAUCCACUCCUUACAGUCUGCUUUCGGAUGCCAGGGCCUUAGUGACAAAGGCAUGUGCCUCUUCUUUCCUCCACCCUCAGCGCUGCGGCCUUGA